AUGAAGUUCUCUCCUCUUGUUAUUGCCGGCCUCAUCGCCCUGGUCCAGGCCGACGUCAUCGACGACGUCCAGUCCGCAGGCGACGACAUCAAGUCAGCAGGUUCCGACGCAAGCGACAGCGUCAAGUCGGCCGGCAGCGCCAUCGGCGACGCCUGGGACUCCAUCACCUCCGUCCCCGGCAACAUCGGCAGCGAGGUCGCCGGCGUCUUCUCCACCUUCACCGGCGACUACGCGAGCAAGUACUCCGACAUUGCCGCCUCGGUCACGAGCAAGUACGACUCGUACAUCGCCAAGGCGAGCUCCUACGCCGCCACCGCCACCGGCAGCGCUGCCGAGUCCGCCUCGUCCGCCCUCGCCGCCGCCGAGAGCUCGCGCGACGCGGCCAUCAGCUCUGCCAGCGCCGCCGCCGCCUCUGCCUCGAGCAGCGUCAACGGCGACGACAACAACAACGACGACGGUGACAGUGCCGGUGUCGUGCCUGCCGUUAGCGUCGCUCUGCUGGGUCUGGCUGGUGGCCUGGCCAUGUUUGCCAACCUGUAA